GCUUAGCUUUAGCUAUAUAACUGGCCCCGUCAUUCCAGCCUUGCUUUCUCUAUUUCAGCCUCGAGUCGUCAGAUAUCAGAGUUCGUUAGUGCGGUUAUUGCCAUGAGCUGCGCCAGCCUGCUGCUCCUGCUCUGCGUCCUCCUCCUGGCCGCGCUCGGCCCCUUCACCACCGCUGCACGCAGAGAACCAGCAAUGGCGGCCACCGGCGACGAAGCAGACGGCACUCAGGCCAAGCUGGCCUGGAUGGAAAUGGCGCCUACAGGGGGUCUAAACGAGAAGGUGACCACGACGAAGGAGGAGCGUAGAGGCUCUGACCAUUUCAGGACCAGAAAGUUCUCUUCGAACGCCAAGAAUCCGUUCGACGGCGGGAUGCCCUUCACAGCCGAUUACCACAACGUACGCAGGCACCCGCCCUCGCACAACUAGCUGGAGCCUGGAGCUCAGUGUACGUAGUACUGGCUAGCUAAGCCGGUUGGUUGCUUGGAAAUACAGUUAGCUUAUAGAGUAACAGUAACUACUAAGCUGUAUAACAUCUGCUUCUCAUCCUCUUUGUUCUCUCCAUUCUUUCGCCGUUCUACGUAGUAGCAGUAGUGUGUUACUCGUCUCCCUUGUGGCCUUGUCAGCUAUGGAUCUGCUGACGUUUUGUUAGUACUGGCCACCUCCUAGUAAUGAUAUCCUAUAUACUACUACUACUGCUGCAUAAGGUGUUUUACUUUUACCUUACGGUGUACCCAGCAUAAGCUGUUCUUAGUGUACCACACAAGCUGUUAAUUAA